AUGAAGAAUUCGAAAGAUAAGUGGUCGUUAAGCGUUUUAUUUGUUGCGCCUUUAUUAAUGGAUCAAGGCCGUGAUUUGGGUAUCCAGAGCUCAUUGAAUAUACAUGAAGAUUAUAUGAGUUUAAUUCAUACAGAGCCCUCAAUAAAUUCUCAGGAACUCCACAGGUCCCAUAUACCUGUUUUAAAAGAAUAGCCCACUAAGGAGCAUUUUUUGGUUCGCCACUCUUAAAUUUGGUUAGCCAGAAAUAUGGUAUGUCAACGAAUUUGGAAAGCCAGCAAUCAUCCGGCCAACCAAAAAAUGCUCCUUGGUGGCUAUUCUUAGUAAAUAAGUAUAUCCACCUACUGCUAUGGUUGAUCCAGGCCUUAUAUCUUCAAUAG